AUGGAGGCCCAGUUGCACCCCUACAGUGGGGCCUCCAAUAACAUGGGUGGAAACUAGCAUCUGAGCUGGACUAAGUCAAAUGGAUGGACUGUUGUUUUUCCUCUCUGCUGGGAUAUGCUGCUAUAAGGCAAUGGCCUGGACAUUCCUAGACAUUAUUAUUCAUGUAUCUUUCAAGUGGAAUUCGCGUUUUCUGUGUUAACUUAUUUAGUUUAUUUAUUUAUUUUUGGAGAGUUCAGCCGUUAAAAAUAUCAGUAGAUUUUGUUUGGUCUUCCACGCUCUUAACUAACCAAUCGAAACUGUGAAGGAACCAGAGCCAUAGCAAAGAAAUGUAUAAUUUCUGAUAAGCAAGGGCUUGAACUUACUGAAAAAGAAAACAGGACAUUAACAUGAGUUAGGUAAAUGAUGAGGGAGGAUUAUGGACAAGGUUUCAGAGUUUACUGUUUGAUAAACCUCAUGGUCAGAUAUACCACAACCAGACCUGGGUUCAAAUACAAUUUAAAAGGAUUUCAAAUGCUUCAGCUGUGCUUAAGAGAGCUUGUCUGUUGAUAUGGAACCAAUAGAAAAGUCCCAAAAGUGCAAACCGCACCUACCUGGCACUCCAGGCAGGCUAAAGCAAACACUGAAUGUUUUUGUAAGAUUCCGAAUAGUAUUUGAACCCAGGUCUGACCACAAUGCACAUCUGAGUUCCAAUCUACUCUAUGCUUUGUUUUCCUAUGUACUCCAAUCAGCUGUCUUCCAAAGAAGUUGAUUUUACACUCUUACCGUUGACAGGACUUUUGUGAGAGAUGUUUUUUAUCAAGAGUUGUAAUAUAAUAUCAGGGAUCCCCUCAGUUUUGAUGAGGCUCAGGUACUUAAAGAUAAGCCUGAGUGGCUUAUUAUUACGUUGCACAAACCUGCUUAGUUAGAAGAAGUCUUACAUUACAAACAUGUUGUUUGUAGAUCCAGUUCACAUGUUGUGAUAGAGCUGAAAUGUGAAGUAUGUUGUUCAGUAGGAAUCAACUUCUGUCCUAAUAGUAUGUGGUGGUUAUUUUUAAAUAACACUAUCGCCCUCAUCAAAGAUUCAGAAAGACUUAGAAACAUAUGUGUAGUGACAAUUGCCAGUCAAAAAUAUAUGCACUCACUCAUGUAAGUCACUCUGGAUAAGAGAGUCUGCUAAAUGACUAAAAAUGUAAAAAUGUAAAAGCCAUUGAUGUGUCAGAAACGGCUCCUACAGUAUGAAAAGGUAUGAUAGGCCUAAUGAAUAUCCUAUUACAAAACCAAACAUUAAAACGUUUAACAACACAACAUCCAUGUGACUUAGUGAUGAUCCUUCUUCCCCCUAUAUCCGAUAGCUAUAGCAGCUUUGGCUAUAGGCUAAGCUGGGUUAGUGUGGUUCUGAGCUCAGUGAGCUUGUUAACUGGUGCUAUUAUAGUCACAGUCAGAUCAGGCCAUAACCAUACAGUCUAACCAUAGAUACAGCUGUAACUAUGGGGCAUAACCAUAUAGUCUAACCAUUGAUACGUCUGUAACCAUGGGGCAUAACCAUACAGUCUAACCAUUGAUACGUCUGUAACCAUGGGGCAUAACCAUACAGCAUAACUAUACAGUAACUUCAGAAAGUAUUCACACCCCUUGACUUUUUCCACAUUUUGUUUUGUUACAAAGUGGGAUUCAAAUGGAUUUAACUGUAAUUUUUUUGUCAAUGAGCUACACAAAAUACUCUGUAAUGUCAACAUGGAAAAAAAAUUUAAAUGGAAGAAAACAAAUAUAUUUUGAUUAGAUAAGUAUUCAAUCACAUUUGGCAGUGAUUACAGCUGUGAGUCUUUCUGGGUAAGUCUCUAAACGCUUUGCAAACCUGGGUUGUACAAUAGUUGCCCAUUAUUCUUUUUAAAUUAUUCAAGCUCUGUCAAGUUGGUUGUUGAUCAUUGCUAGACAGCCAUUUUCAAGUCUUGCCAUAGAUUUUCAAAAUGAUUUAAGUCCAAACUGUAAUUAGGCAACUCAGGAACAUUCAAUGUCAUCUUGGUAAGUAACUCCAGUGAAUAUUUGGCCUUGUCACGAUCGUCGUAGGAGUGAGUAGACCAAGGCGCAGCGUGUGAAACAAACAUGACUUUAAUUAGUUAAAGUAUACCAAAACACGACUCGUGAAGUCCACGGUAAACAAAUACCGACACGGAACAAAAACCCACAAACACAAAGUGAAACACCGACAGUUAAAUAUGGCUCCCAAUCAGAGACAACCAGCCGACAGCUGACACUCGUUGCCUCUGAUUGGGAGUCACACAGGCAAACAUAGAAACAGACAACCUAGAACACCCAACAAUGAAACAGAACACAUAGAAUGAACACACCCUGGCUCAACAUAAUGAGUCCCAGAGCCAGGGUGUGACAGGCCUUGUGUUUUAGGUUAUUGUCCUGCUGAAAAGUGGAUUUGUCUCCCAGUGUCUGUUGGAAAGCAGACUGAACCAGGUUUUCCUCUAGCAUGUUGCUUGUGCUUAGCUCUAUUCCUUUUCUUUUUAUCCUAAAAAACUUCCUCGUCCUUGCCGAUGACAAGCAUACCCAUAAUAUGAAAAUAUAAAGAGUGGUACUCAGUGAUGUGUUGUGUUGGAUUUGCCCCAAACAUAACACUUUGUAUUCAGGACAAAAAGUUCCUUUCUUUGCCACAUUUUCUGCAAACAGGAUUCAUGUUUUGAAAUAUUUGUAUUCUGUACAGGCUUCCUUCUUUUCACUCUGUCAUUUAGGUUAGUAUUGUGGAGUAACUACAAUGUUGUUGAUCCAUCCUCAGUUUUCUUCUAUCAGCCAUUUAACUCUGUAACUGGUUUAAAAUCACCAUUGGCCUCAUGGUGAAAUCCCUGAGCUGUUCCCUUCCUCUCCGGCAACUGAGUUAGGAAGGAUGCCUGUAUUGUUUGAUUUGAUUUGAUUUGAUUUGAUCUUUGUAGUGACUGGAUGUAUUGAUACACAAUCCAAAGUGUAAUUAUUAACUUUACCAUGCUCAAAGGGAUAUUCAGUUGUCUUCUUUUUAUUUAUUUUACCCAUCUACCUAAAUAUAGAUGCAUCUGCAACCAUCUGUAACCAUGGGGCGUUACCAUACAGCCUAAAUAUAGAUAAGUCUGUAACCAUGGAGCGUAACCAUACAGACUAACUAUAGAUACGUAUGUAACCAUGGGGCGUAACCAUACAGCCUAACUAUACUUCUGUAACCAUGGGGCGUAACCAUACAGCCUAACUAUACUUCUGUAACCAUGGGGCAUAACCAUACGGCCUAAGCAUAAGUAGAAGCGUAACCCAAAGGACGCAACACAUGGGAGGGAUAAUGUCCACUCGAUCUCUUAUGUAAUACUUCAUGUUUUAGAUCUGAUUUGGGUCAGUUUUGGUAAAGGUACCUGUACCUCCAGCUAUAUAGCAUCUAGUGUUUUAGAUCUGACUUGGGGUCAGUGGAGGUAAAAGUCCAGUUACUUCCAACCUGUCAUAAAAAGGAGAAAAAAUAUGAAUGGUUUGUUUGAAUAAAUAAUAAAUUAGCCUCAGACAGGAGAUACAUACUGUAUAUCACAGACUGUUUAUGCAUUUGCAUGAUGACUCAUGUUUUCUAUAAUUUAGAGAAAUGGCUCCACAGCAUAUUAUGAUACAGUACAAAAGCAAAUUUAUUUUCCACAGAUAUUUUCAUUGCUCUUUAGUUUAAAACUAUAAAAGUGCUACACUUCUUUUGAAAGGCUGAAUGUCCAAGCAAACAUUGCCUGUCUCUCUAUUCUAUUGAAUAAAAUCAUAAACAGGAUUUAAUUCUCCCUCCUCUCUCUGUGAGAUUAUUGCACAACAACAAAACAAACUGUGCUGCCCAUACAUUACAUUUUAGUCAUUUAGCAGACGCUCUUAUCCAGAGCGACUUACAGGAGCAAUUAGGGUUAUUCCUAGAUUUUUCACCUAGUCGGCUCGGGGAUCAGAACCAGCAACCUUUCGGUUACUGGCACAACGCUCUAACCCACUAAGCUACCUGCCGCCCAUACAUAGAAAUAGAAUGAUAUCAUUCUCUGUUUAUGGUGCUGCCUGGUGCUGAAAGAAUGUUGAAAAAACCCCAGAUCUCAACAUCUUACAGAUUAAUGUUGGGAAGGAAAAAGACAUGCUGCUGAUCAAAAAAGAACAGUUUGCUCUCUCUUCGCUAAAACGUGUGAGGGUGAGGGUUACCAGCUGUGUGUGUAUCUGUAGAUAGAUUAAGGGCCAUGAGAACAAGGAAUUCACAUUACUCAAAUUAAGAAAAUAUCUCACCCACGCUUCAGUGUAAUUCAGCAUUCCCAUGAAGGAGGCAGUCAUAUUUGGAUCAUGGUGGGAGAUCAACAGUUCAGUAUUAGAUAAAGUGUUCCACUGGAUAUAGAUAGCUACAUUUAUUUGAUUUAAACACACUGUAGGCCUUGCAGACCUCCUUUUCUAUGAUAUUUCAUAUUGACCCAAGCCGGCCAAAAUGGUGCUAUAUUUCCCAAAGCUCUACAUGCCUAUUAUAAACUGGGUGGUUCGAGCCCUGAAUGCUGAUUGGCUGACAGCCGUGGUAUAUCAGACUGUAUACCACGGGUAUGACAAAACACUUAUUUUUAAUGCUCUAAUUACGUUGGUAACCCGUUUAUAACAGCAAUAAGGCACCUUGGGGGUUUGUGGUAUAUGGCCAAUUGACCACGGCUAAGGGCUGUGUCCAGGGACUUCGCGUUGCGUCGUGCAUAAGAACAGCCCUUAGCCGUGGUAUGUUGACAAUAUACCACAAACCCCCGAGGUGCCUUAUUGCUUAAUUAUAGUAUAGGCCUAAACAGUGUGUGUUCAAAAAUAGUAUUCAUAUUUGUUUCUGCAACACUAAAGGGGAUGGAGACCGGACACCAAUUGCAAUACCAUUGACAGUGAAUGUGUCAUUGCCCAUGAGUCAGAUCUGCAACCACUGAAGGGUUAGGUCCAAUGGGUAGGAGUAGGGAUCGAUUUGGGACUGGCUGUCUCAGUCAGAGCUGCGUCCUGAAUGGCACCCUAUUCCCUAUAUAUGGCACUACUUGUUCUAUGGGCAAGAAGCACCCUAUUCCUAAAAGUAUAGUGCACUACAUAGGGAAUAGGGUGCCAUUUGGGAUGCAUCCAAAUAAUAUUCUGUCCUGGGGUCCUGCUGUCUGUCUUGGGGUCCAGUCACAGUGUCCUCGGGAAGCGCCAUGCCAUUGGACAGCUGCUCUUCUAACGUCCCACUGGGUAUAGCAACCUCAGGUUACACUGUCUGUCUCCAGUACAGACAGUGUUAAUGAUACAAAGACAGUGACCCCCCCACACACACACAUGCACACACAGUGUGUGUAGGCCUAAUAAUCAAGUUAUAAUUCAAGUUUAAGAGCAUAAAUGUUGUCUGAUUGAUGCUUUAUUAUGUACUGUAGUUAUAGCAUUUACUACAGUCUAUCUUCAACUCCCAUCACUGAGAGACCCAAAGCCACAUCUGUAACCCUUUAAUUGCAGUAUUCAGAGAAGCCAGGCUACAAGGGCAAGAACCAGAGGAAUAAAUGAGAGGUUUGCCAGAAACAGGAAAACUGCUCUGAAAGGACGUUCCAGCCAGACCCCGUUCAAGACAAUGAGGGGUGAGAUAAUCUCUGUAGGGCUUAUCUUGCACUUGAAUCAGGAACAAGUUAGGUUCAUAGGCAGGCUAAGUACUUUAUUGAGAUGGGGCCAUGGGGUUGUUUGUGAAGUUAUUUCAAAGCGGAAGACUGACGUCUAGUAACCUAGUGUUCCAGACCCAAACUUAGUGUUUUCGGUUUUCAGUGAAAGAUUUUUGCCUGAGAUACAGUGUCACUGCGCCGCUCUUGAGACGAGACAAAUCUGGUCAACUUGGACCAUAUCUCUGACAUAUUUAGGAGGGUUACCGUCAGGUUUCUUGGAUAUUCAGUUUAGAGUUUUUUUUUAUUGGAGCAGAACUGUCUUUUUUUAAACAAAAGGCUAAGAGGAGCGCCAUAGAAUAAAUAACCUACUGAGGUUGAUCCGCAUCGAAAGAGGAAAGGAUCGAGAUGUGGAAAUAUUUUAGGAUUCAGUGUUUUAGAUCUGACUUGGGGUCAGUGGAGGUAAAAGCCCAGUUACUUCCGACCUGUGUCUGUCACGACUUCUGCCGAGGCUGCCUCCCCUCCUUGUUCGGGAAGGUUUCCGCGUUCGGCGUCACCGGCUUACUAGCGUCUGCCGAUCCAUUUAACAUCACUCCAUUUGUCUUGUCUUCAAUCACACACACCUGGUCCUUAUCCCUCAUUAGUCAUUGUAUAAGUGUUCACUCUGCUUCCUUGUCUGUGUGGGUGAUUGUUUAUUGUGGAGGUUAGUGAAGCUCGGUGGAGCUCGUGUAUUUUGUAUCGACGGGAGAAUUUCCCGUGUGCUUUGUAUUUUCCAGUGCGCCUGUUUUGUGCCCUGGAGUGUAUUUUGCGGAUCAAGGCCUGUUAUUCUGUGAUUUACCCUCCUGCGCCUGACUCCUUCAACACCACCUCAUCACAGUGUCAUAAGAAAGAGAGAAAAAAAGGAAUGGUUUGUUUGAAUAUAUUAUGAAUGAAGCUAUUUUUAUUAGAUGCUAAGAACUAUCCUCAGACCAUAAAUAUCAGUCUAUAAAAUAAACAAACAAGACCAAUUAGGAAAAACAAACAAACAAAUAGGAGGAGUAAGAUCAAAACUAAAGCAAUAAUUUCUACAUUUACAUAAACUUUUCAUGUCAGUAGAUCAACCUACCAAGAUAAACCCAGUGAAAUCUGCUCACAGCAUCUCUAUAACAGUUGUCUCAGUUCCCCCUUGCAGUUGGGGAACUAGUCAAUAUAAAGUCAACUUCCAAAUAAAAGCCCUACGGAGGUCAGAAAGAGACCCGAGUAGCACCUGUAAGUAAAGAUUGAGGCCUCCUCCCAAAUGGCACCCUAUUCCCUAUGUAAUGCACUACUUUUGACCAGAGCCCUAUAGGCCCAGUUCAAUAGGGAAUAGGGUGGCAUUUGGGAUGCAACCUGAGAUUGGGAGUCCUCAGACAGGAGAUACAUACUGUAUAUCACAGACUGUUUAUGCAUUUGCAUGAUGACUCAUGUUUUCUAUAACUUUGAAAAAUGGCUCCACAGCAUAUUAUGAUACCGUACAAAAGUACAUUUAUUUUCCACAGGUAUUUUCAUUCAGGAUGUGGUCUUUAGUUAAAAAUGUAAAAGUAAUAAACUUCUUUUGAAAUAAUUGGCUGUUGGCUGUCAAAGGAAAGCAUAUUACUCAAGACUUUCUCUAUUCUAUUGAAGAAGUUCAUCAUAUAAACAGGAUUUCAUUCUCCAUCCUCUCUCUGUGCGAUUAUUGCACAAAUAACAAAGACUUUCAGCAUAGCCUGGAAAGAACAGAGACAAACUGUGCAGCCCAAAGAAAUAGAAUGAGAUGUCCCUCUUAUUUCUGUGGUGUUGUCUGGCUCUGAAAGAAUGCUGAGAACAACCUGGAUCUCAACAUGUUACGUGGGGAAGGAAAAAUACAUGCUGCUGAUCAAAAGAAGAAGAACAUUUAGCUCUCUCUUCGCUUAGACUGUUGGUGUGAGGCCUCCCAGCGAUGGAGCAGCUGUACAUAGGCCAAGAGGAUAGAUUAAGGACCAUCCAUGCGAACAAGGAAGGAAAUGUAUAUUACGCCAAUGAAGAGAGAUAUCACUCAGGCUUUUUUGUAGGCUAGGUUGACCUGGUUAAAAUAGUGAAAUAUAGUGAAAUAUUCCCCUAGUGCUCCGACUGUCCUUUUGAGGAGGAUAUGAGCCUAAUAUAGUAACAUAUUCGAUACAAUGUGUGUUCAAAAAUAAUAUUUGUUGCUGUAACACAAGAGAGGAAGGACGCCAGAUACCAGUUGUAAUAUCACUGACAUCAUCAUCCAUGGGUUAGGUCCAAGGGGUAGCAGUAGGGGUAGGGAGCAAAUUUACAGUAUGUCCCAAAUUACACCCUAUUCCCUACAUAGAGCAGACCCAAAGCCACAUCUGUAACCCUGUAAUUGCAGUAUUCAGAGACGCCAGGCUACAAGCGCGAAAACCAGAGGAAAAAAUGAGAUGCUUGCCAGAAACAGGAAAACUGCUCUGAGAGCACAUUCCAGCAAGAUCCCUUCCAGGACAAUGAUGGGUGGGACAAAAUUGUGUAUUUAAAUCUCAGUAGGCUUGAUAUUGUGCAUGAAUCAGGAACAGAGCAAAGUUAGGUUCCUAGGCAGGCUACAUAGGAUACUUUAUCGAGAUGGAGACAUUAGCUGUUUGAGAAGUUCUUUGAAUGUGUAGUUCUUUAAAAGCCGAGGACUGACGUCUAGUUGCCUAUGUUCCAGGCUUGAGCUUCGUGUUUUCGGUUUAUCAGUGGAAGAUUUUUGCCCGAGAUACAGGGUCACUGUGCCGUGCUUCAGGCGAGACAAAUAUGUUCAACUUGGACGGACCAUAUCUCUGACAUAUUUAGGAGGGUCGCUCAUUUUUCCCGUCAGGUAUUUUGGAGUUUCAGUUUAGAAUCAUUUUUAUUGGAGGAGUGAAAUACUUUUAAGAGACCGAAAAGGUUGAGAGGAAUGGUCCAUGUAGUAGCUGAUCAGCAUCGAAAGAGGAAAGGAUGUGGGGGGAUUUUAGGAUUGAACAUCUGGAACUAAAAGCGUUCACCGAACUCAAAGGUUGACACAUGAAUGGAAGACGUAUCUAAUACAUUACUUUUGGAUGUCUUUUAACACUUUCAAAUAGUUUAAAAGACAUUUUGUUUUUAAUAUGGGACAAACGUGGUGCAUUUCUGUGGUACACAAUUUGGCUUCCUCAUGAAACGCAAGAGGAAAGAAAGCUGUGCAUUGAAGGAAAAAACAGGUAAAAGUCACAUUCAAUCUGACAUUUGUGACAGCUGUUGCCUAUUCGUUUAACUUUUUGUCUAGGUGUGGAUUGCUUUUCUAGUAACUAGGUGGGAACAUUUACAAGUAUCUGUUGUAGGCUAUGAUUUCCUAUUAUUGUGAGAAUGAACAGGUGGAUGCUGGUAAGUCACGUAGCCUACCUCUAAUUAAGCAAUAUUGGCCAAGGAGGUGUGGUAUAUGGCCAAUAUACCAUGGCUAAAGGCUGUUCUUACGCACGACGCAAGGCGGAGUGCCUGGAUACAGCCCUUAGCCGUGGUAUAUUGGUCACAUACCACAAACCCCCAAUGUACCUUAUCGCUAUUAUAAACUGGUUACCAAUGUAAUUAGAACAGUAAACAAGUAAUUUUGUGUCAUACUCGUGGUUUAUGGUCUGAUAUACCACAGCUUUCAGCCAAUCAGUAAUGCCUAACUGACACAUGUCACACCUUGACCACAUCAGAAAAGCGCCAAACCACAGCAGUGCUUAUUGGAUAGAACACCUUCACAUGUUUACACUCUAGAAUGUCUCCAGCAGUGCCAUUGAGCAUUAUCCUUUUCAUUUAUGGGCUAGGUUAGUGUACAAGAAAAUGUCCUGAUAUAACCAUGUUAUAAUACUUAAAUAAUAUAGUUGGACAUUUAGCCUACUGUAAUAUGAAUCAUAUUAGUCACUCCAUACUUUAGCAGUUUCUCAGUAUUUAAAACACAUCUGGAAAUAUCCUUUGAGAACCAAAUAUUCCUUUGAGAACCCCUCUUUUUCGAAUGAAAGGAAUGGAGGCUAAAGAGGCAGAGAAUAAAUGUGCAAGAUAAACAUGACUUCUACAUAUUAACUAUUCACUCCAAGAUAAGGCACGGUUCAGGUUACAGAAUAGAACUUUGCGAAACAUGGGCCUUAUAUUGAGUCUAUUGAAAGCAAAACCCAGAGCCCAUAUUCAUAAGGCUUGUCAGAGUAACAGUGCUUCCGAUCUAAGAUCAGGUUUUCCUUUUAGAUAAUAAUGAAUAUGAUUAUUUGGACAGGGGGGGAGUGCUGAUCUAGUAUCAGGUCCCCCCGUCCAUGUAAUCUUAUUCAUUAUGAUCUAAAGUCAAAACUGUUCCUAGAUGAUCUCUCUUACUCGACACUUUAUAAAUACAGUCCUAUUCGAUCCUUCCCAUCAUCAGUAAUCUUUUAAAGUGUUGUGUGGGCUGCUAUGAUGAGCCAUGAUGUAGGCCACCUGUAGUGGAGGAGCCAGGUGUGGUUAACUGUACCAGGGAGCUAGGUGUGGUUAACUGUACCAGGGAGCUAGGUGUGUUUAACUGUACCAGGGAGCCAGGUGUGGUUAACUGUACCAGGGAGCUAGGUGUGGUUAACUGUACCAGGGAGCCAGGUGUGGCUAACUGUACCAGGGAGCUAGGUGUGGUUAACUGUACCAGGGAGCCAGGUGUGGUUAACUGUACCAGGGAGCUAGGUGUGGUUAACUGUACCAGGGAGCCAGGUGUGGUUAACUGUACCAGGGAGCUAGGUGUGGUUAACUGUACCAGGGAGCCAGGUGUGGUUAACUGUACCAGGGAGCCAGGUGUGGUUAACUGUAACAGGGAGCCAGGUGUGGUUAACUGUACCAGGGAGCUAGGUGUGGUUAACUGUACCGGGAGCUAGGUGUGGUUAACUGUACCAGGGAGCUAGGUGUGGUUAACUGUACCAGGGAGCCAGGUGUGGUUAACUGUAACAGGGAGCCAGGUGUGGUUAACUGUACCAGGGAGCUAGGUGUGGUUAACUGUACCAGGGAGCCAGGUGUGGUUAACUGUACCAGGGAGCCAGGUGUGGUUAACUGUACCAGGGAGAUAGGUGUGGUUAACUGUACCAGGGAGCCAGGUGUGGUUAACUGUACCAGGGAGCCAGGCUCUCUUUGCAAAUCCCUUGAG